AUGCUACUAAUGAAGGGGAAAGAAGUGGUUGAUAGAAAGGGAGAAAAAACAGCAUUUUCUGAUGCAAAGUUGCGGGAAUAUGUCCAAUCGUUGAUGUUUGGAUUGAAUGCGGAGUUUGUGAAGACAGAUGAGAUCGUUGAUAAAGUCAUUCUGGGGUUACCAGACUUGAUCAGCAUUGACGAAUUGAUUGACCUGACUUCUGAGACAGUAGCAUCACUGGUGACGGUACAUCCAGACCAUUCGUUGCUCGCAUCGCGCAUAUGUUCCAAAUACCUGCAGAGUUGCUGUGCCAGAAGUUUCAGCGAGAGCAUAGAGCUGCUGAAAAAUAGGAAUUUCUCAAAUUUCCGGCGGACCAAGCCUCUGGUUUCUGAAAUGUUGUACAACACAGUGAUGGAAAACCGAGAGAUUCUGGAUUCUGCCAUUGACCACUCCAGAGAUUUUGAUCUGACGUACCUGGGGCUGAAGACCCUGCAAAAGUCGUACCUACUGAAAUAUGAGGGCAAUAUAUUAGAAACACCUCAAUACUUGUUCAUGCGGGUAUCUCUGGGUAUUCAUGGAAAUGAAGUGAAUUCUGCACUUGAAACGUAUGAGCUCAUGUCGAAAAGAUACAUGAUUCAUGCUACACCAACGCUGUUCAACGCAGGUACGGAGAGGCCAUAUCUUUCUUCAUGUUUUCUGCUUGCUACAGAUGAUGAUUCCAUAGACGGAAUAUUUAAAACGUUACAUAAGGCGGCUCUCAUUUCGAAAGCUGCUGGAGGACUGGGGUUGCACAUUUCCAAUGUGAGGUCAGAAGGUGCGUACAUAUCGGGAUCAAACGGAGAGUCCAAUGGGAUAGUGCCCAUGUUGAGAGUAUUUAACAAUGCUGCCAGAUAUGUUGAUCAAGGAGGUAAUAAACGACCCGGAGCUUUCGCAAUAUACAUAGAACCAUGGCAUGCUGAUAUAUUUGAAUUCUUGCAACUGAAAAAGAACCACGGCAAAGAGGAGAGAAGGGCUAGAGAUCUUUUCUAUGCGCUAUGGAUACCCGACUUGUUUAUGGAGAAAGUGAGAAAUGACGAAGAUUGGUGUUUGUUUUCCCCAGACGAAUGCCCUGGGUUGAACGAUUGUUAUGGCGAAGAGUUCGUGAAGUUGUAUUCGCGGUACGAAGAGGAAGGGAGGUUCUUGGAGAAGGUUCGGGCCCAAAAACUUUGGAGCUCGAUAUUGGAGUCUCAGAUAGAGACAGGAACUCCUUUCAUGCUGUACAAAGAUGCUUGCAACCAGAAAUCAAACCAAAAGAACCUAGGAACAAUUAAGUCGUCCAAUUUGUGCUGUGAGAUAGUGGAAUAUUCCUCGCCAGACGAAACUGCUGUAUGCAACCUGGGAUCUGUGUGUACUCCCAUGUUUGUUGAAGAUGGCAUUUUCAAUUUCAAGAAGCUGCAUCGAGUAACCAAAGUGCUGGUGAGAAAUCUUGACAAAACCAUAGAUGUGGGAAUAUAUCCACUAAAGGAGGCACAAGCUUCGAACAAGCGCAAUAGGCCGUUGGCCGUUGGUGUAUUGGGUUUGGCUGACACUUUCAUGGCUUUGAAGAUCCCAUUCGACUCAGAUGAAGCAAAGAAACUGAAUAUUCAGAUAUUUGAAACAUUGUAUCAUGCUGCUUUGGAGGCUUCUGUUGAACUGGCAAAAGCUCACGGUCCAUACAGCUCAUUUGAAGGUUCGCCCGCUUCCUCAUCGCAACUUCAGUUUGACCUAUGGGAUGUCAAACCCUCAGCGAUGUAUGAUGAUUGGGAGAAGUUGAAGACCAACAUUGCAAAACACGGAUUGCGAAAUUCUUUGCUGGUUGCACCAAUGCCCACUGCGUCAACUUCCCAGAUCUUGGGAUUCAGUGAGGGGAUCGAACCAGUAGCUUCCAAUGUCUACUCGCGCCGCACCCUGUCAGGCGAGUAUCAGAUGGUGAACAAGUAUCUCGUCGAGGACUUGAUCAAACUCAAUAUGUGGAAUAGGAAAACCAAAAAUCAGAUAAUCAACGACAAUGGGUCGGUCCAAAACAUACACGGCCUAUCUGCCAACAUCAAGGCCACCUACAAAACUGUUUGGGAGAUAUCACAGAGAACCAUCAUAGACCUGGCUGCCGAUCGUGGUCCAUUUAUUGACCAGUCCCAGAGCAUGAGCCUGUUUUUGAAAGAACCAACAAAAUCAAAACUGAACGCAAUGCACUUCUAUGCCUGGGGGAGAGGUCUCAAGACGGGAAUGUACUAUUUGCGUUCACAGUCUGCAAGUUCUGCCAUCAAGUUCACGACGGAAGAACAGAUGAUAUCUUCAAAGAAACGAAAGAUGUUCAAAGAAUUGCUGACUCCAAAAUCUCCGGACAGCUCAGACACCGACCCCAGUGUUUGUUAUUUUGAAAACGAUUGCGAUGCCUGUUCAGGCUGA